UCCCAUUAACCCAACGAUGAUCCCCCAGAUCCUGCAACAACUCCAGGUGGUGUCAUCAUCAUCACAGCCCAUCCUGCCAACCGUUGGCACCACACAACCCCUUGUUAUCUCGCAGAAUAUUCCGGUAAACGCAGUUGCUCCCAACAUGCAGAAAGCCGUUGGAUUCAUCUUGAACGGGCGCACCUACCUGACUGGUGGACAACCGUUUGUCACUGGUGCAGCACAACCGUUUGUCACGCCUAAGAUGUACCCGCCAGCUCAGGGCCCUACGGUUCAGGUGCCAGUCACCAUCACGCUGACAGGGCCCUCAGGGAUACAGACUGUCAGUGCCAUGGCCACCGCCGGGCUCUCCCAGUUCAACCAGUUUAGCCCAGCCCCACUCAUCGCCACCACCACCAACAACAACAACACCGCUGCCACCAACAACAACAACACCGCCACCACCACUCCAGCCCCAGCCCCAACCCCGGCUGUACCCGCGCCGACCAGUACAGUCUCUGCGUCAGGUGAAGGUGUGCCCGUUCCUCAGCCAAAGCCGCCAGCUACCCUUCCCUCACCUGUGGUGAUGAAGCCCAGCCCACAGCCCAGCAUGCCCAUCAGCACGCCCAUGGUUCCGCAGCCAAAGCCAUCAGCUGCCCUUCCCUCGCCUGUGGUGAUGAAGUCCAGCCCACAGCACAGCAUGUCCAUCAGCACGCCCAUGGUUCCACAGCCAAAGCCACCAGCUGCCCUUCCCUCGCCUGUGGUGAUGAAGUCCAGCCCACAGCACAGCACAACCAUCAGCAUGCCCAUCGUUACUACGGGAACAUAUGCCCCGAUAAAGAUUGCCCCCGCACCCGUCUCUCCAGUAACUAUUGCUCCAGCACCAAUCGCACCACCAACCUUCGCCCCUGCACCAGUCGCUCCAUCAGUCAAGGUGGCCCAAGUGAGGGUGGUUCCAGCGAGCAGACCUCUUCCUCCUCCGCCCCCUCCUCCGCUCUCCCCUCCACCUCCCAGCACCAGCACUUUCCAGCUCAGAGCACCAGCCAGUCGUUCCAAGGCAUCCCAGUCGUGUAAACGAUGUGGAUCCCCGUAUAAGAUGAUUGCCUCACUGCGCGGAUACAUGUGUAUGUGCAACAAGCUCUUGCUGAAGGCCAUCCAGGCCACGGAGCCCAAGAAGAAGAAGCCCAAGCGCCCCAAGAACCCCGAGGAGCUCCUGGGCAGCGGAGGAGGCUCCCUCAAGUCCCCCAAGAAACCUCCUCCGGUAGUCCCCCCCUCCUUCACCUCCUCCUCGCGUUACGCCAAGCCACCUCGCCGCGGGGGCUCCUCUGAUGAUGAAGAGUCGGAUGAUGAUGAUGAGGAGGAAGAGCAACAGAAACAAAAACCACCACGCCGCCGCCGCCCUAAGAACAGCCAAGCACACAUGGUGGAGGGCGAGGGCGGGGUGGACGAGACCGGCAAGCUGAUCAUCCUGGUGGAGGACUUCUACUACGGCGUCUACCGUGGAGCCAACUCCGAGAAGAGGACGCCGGACAACGCCAUCACCUUCAAGUGUCACCUGUGCGACAAGCGGCUCAAGAACAACCUCAAGAUGAUGGUGCACACUAAGCACCACGUGGAGAUGGACCAGCAGUACGAGGCGGAGACCCAGACCACGUGCCAGCACUGCUUCCGCAGCUUCUCAUCCCCCCUCAGCCUGCAGUACCACGUAGAGAGUGUGCACAGCCAGGCAGAGUCCUCCACCAAGUGUCGUAUCUGUGAGCUGGCCUACGAGAACGAGCCCGUCUUCCUGCAGCACAUGAAGAGCACCCACAAACCCGGAGAGAUGCCCUACAUCUGCCAAGUGUGCGGCUUCCGCUCCUCGUUCUACCUGGACGUGAUCUUCCACUUCCGAGACCUGCACAGCAACACCACCAACCUGCUCUGCCCCUACUGCCUCAAGGUCUUCAGGUGCAGCAGCAGCUACCAACUGCACUACAGCCGACACCAGAAAAAGUCGGUGUUGCAUUGUGACAAGUGCAGACUGCAGUUCCUGUUCACAAAGGAAAAGAGUGACCACAAGCAAGCGCACCACAUCACGCACCGCACACCAAAACAGCUGGAGGGCCUGAAGCCUGGCACCAGGGUGACCAUCCGUACCUACGCCGCCCUGCCCCCGGGCCCCAGCAGUGCCCCUGUGCAGAGGGUGGUGGACACCAUGUCCAUGCCCCCUCCUGCGCUGGAGCCCAUCUACCCCGACAGACAGCCCACGCCCACACGAUCCGUCACCCCCAUCUCCCCCGGCCCCCUGUCCCCCAAGCACGUCUCCCCCAGGCUGGCCACCCCCAACCGCGAGGAGGCCUACAACAGCACCGUGAGCCCCACGCCCACUGCUGCUGCCCCCACCAUGCCCACCACCACUAUGCCCAUGCCCAUGCCCAUGGCCAUGCCUCUACCCACCCGCAAGAUCCCCAGCGUGAGCCAGCAAGAGAUCAUGGCUAAAUUCGAGAAGCAGAGGUCCCCGUUGGAGACGGCUAGCUGUGUGGAGUGCACCUUUGAGAUUCCCAACUAUGUGCAGCAUUACCCUACCUACGUCCACUGCAACCUCUGCAGAUACAGCACCUGCUGCUCACGCUCAUACGCCAAUCACAUGAUCAAUAACCAUGUUCCUCGGAAGACCGGACAAUUCAGCAAGUACCUGUCUAUGUUCAGGCGAUGCCAAAAGGGAGUCAUGAUGUACUGUUUGUCAUGCGAGUUCUCUACGGACCUGGGAGACACAAUGGCCAACCACCUGGUGGAGAACCCAGAGCACGAAGGAAGCUCCCCUAGAUCUGCAGCAGCAGGAUUCCCAGGAGGAUACAAAAGGUUCCUCUACGUACCAAGCAAAGCUUUUGGGAAAACCCAGAGCGGCAGCAGCAGCAGCAGCAUGGUUAGUCCCAAGACCAGUUCCACCCCUGUGGCUCGCGCUGCGCCAGACAUGACCCCCUCCGCCGCCACCUUGCAGCUGGAGAAACUGUUCUCGAGCUCAAGCCUGCCAAUCAAGACCGAGAAAAUGACCCCGAAGAAAGUUCUGCUGAACGGAUCUGAAUCCACCACCACCACUGCCGGUGGAGCGAGGACGGAGGGCGCAUGUCUGUCGUCAAAGCAGUUGAAGACGGUGCUGUACGCGCUGUGCUGUGGCAUUCCCCAGGCGGCCGCCCGCUUCCAAACCGCGCCGGCCCUCAUCCAGGCCUGGCUGCUGGACCGCAAGAGCCAGGGCCCCAGCAAAGGGGGCCGGCGGGGGCUGGGGCCCCGCGCUGCUGACAAGCUGGCCGAGUGGGUGCUGGCGCAGCGCGAGCAGCAGCUGGCCGUGGACGAGGACACACUCUUCGCAAAGGCCAAGGAGUGCGUGGGCGGAACCGAUCCGGGUCUGGGCCAGGACUGGGCCGUGGAUUUCCUGCUGCAGCACGAACUGGGCGUGCAGCCGGUGGGCACCGAGGGCGCCAGGAUGCUGCCGCAGAGCGUGCAGGACGGAGUGCGCUCAUUUGCGCGCUUCAUAAAGAAGCAGGUGGGCACGGGCGCUGGUGGGUUUGGCGAGAGCAACGUUGGAGCCGUAGACGAGGUGGCGGUGUUCAUCGACCUCCAGCAGCUGGGGAGGAUCGCCACCCUGCCCUCUGCAUUCCACCUCACCGAGCUGGGCACCCCUCUCAUGGAUGUGGUCCUGUCCGCCAUGGCCGACGGCACCCUUCUGCCCGCCAUGGUGUUCCUCAAGGGCACACCCCCGGCCUGCACCGCCGCCGUGCCCGCCUCCGUCUUCCUGGAGGCCAAACCUGAAGGCUUCUCGGACGAGGAGCGGCUGAAUCUCUGGCUGUCCAAGGUCUGGCGGCCCUACAUCAACCCCAGCGGCGGCGGUAAAGGCCUCCUGGUCAUGGACCCCUACCGCGGCCACCUGGCGGAUGACUUCCUUGCCGCCCUCAACAGCGCCAACACCCUACCCGCCGUGGUACCCAAAGCCUGCUCCUGUUGCCUGCAGCCGCUGGAGGCGUGCUCGGGCCCCGUGCUCCGGGAGUUCCUCCAGGCCUGCUGGAGCCAGCAGGUGAGCUCGGCCCCCGAGAGCCUGGUGGGAGCCCAGCCCGACGAGCUGGCCCUGCUCCUGAUUGGCUGGCUGGCGGAGCUGCUGCAGGUGCUGGGGGCGCGGCCGGACCUGCUGCAGAGGUCCUUCAAGACCGUCAUGGAGCCUCCAGCAGUGGAGGAGGGGGCGGCGGCCUGGGAUGGGCAGGAUGUGGCCACCAAGGGUCUGGUACAGGAGCUGACCACAGCCCUGCUGCAGAGCAACCCGCUGGAGACCGAUGGCCAUAGAGACGAUGGGAUGGAAGAGGACGACUGAGCGCCGAAGCAGAUGUUUGACAAAGGAAGCAGCCUGGGGUCUUUCCAUGGCUUCGAGGAGGCAUAGAUGGGGAAACUGAGGCUGUCGUGCAAGGGAGAAACUAUGGCUUACUUACAAUAAUUGAUAUAUUUAGCGUUAAGGAUGGGUGGUACUGGUAAGUACCAUUAGUGAGACAUGGAAUCUUACUGUCUCAGUCAUCUGUCAGAUCAGUGAUGUUGGUAUGGGAGAAAGGGCACCUAUUAGAUUUCUAUCUAAAACCUCACAGAACCUCAUUGUCUUUACUACUGAAAAUAAGACAUUGCUGUUUGCCGCCCUCCUACAAAAUUUGCAAGUCCAGUUAUUUUCCCCCCUCGUUUUUGCAGUUCAUGUACUGACACUUUACAUAAAUUUGUGGGCAUCAACAGGUCUUGGAAGGGGAACCUCCCUUUAGCUGCUGUUCGAUGUGGUUGUAUUCCCUUCUACACCUAAAACACAAUGUACACUUUUGAAAACCUACAUCACUGACAAUAAGCUAGAAAUUCUAGUGGUCCUUCGAUUAGGAGGCUUUGAUAUACUGUUUUCCCACAAAGCUGCUUUAUAAAAGAUAUCUUCUGUAUCUAAACUUUAAACAAUGAAAUUUAUAUCUAACCAGGAACAUGCCUUGUAUGAUCAUGUUGCUUUAGAAAUGGUUGAUAUGUAUAGGUAUAAUUACCUGUUAGAUUAAUCGUAGUAUUCUUUUACACACCCAUUUAUCAUGUGAGGUGCAAGAUGUUGAAUGAGAGCUAUGCAUUUUCAUACCUGUAGGAAUGUAGGGGUGAUGUUCUGUCUUUUACAUGUGAUGUCUGACCCAAGUUUGUGGUCAAAAGAUAUAUAAUAAAGAUUUUUUUUUUCAUUUACAAA